AUGACUACAAAUAUCCAAGUUAUCCAAUCGAAAGAUGAAAAAAUAAAUCUCAGAAAGGAAAUUGUAGAAGAAAUUGGAAUAAGUGCACAAUAUUCAUUUGUAUCUAUUUUCAACAAGACUCCCAUGACAUUCAGAAGUAAUCGCUGUGCACAAAAUGAAAUUACAAAUCACUUAAAACAUUUCCUCGAAAAUGAAUUUCUAUGA